CAGUACGAUAAACAUCCAAAACACUUUUCGUUAUAAAAUUUUAUUUUUCAAAGAAACGAUCCAACAAUUCUGGAAUCAAGAUGCACAUCCCAGAGGUGGACAUGUGGAAUGUGUCCAAGAGCAGUCGGAUACAUCGCCUCACAAUCUUCAGUUGCGAUAAGCCCGGACUGAAAGUGAUAGACUAUGCGGCAGUGCGAGGAGUCGAUUCGUUCUACCUGGACUGCCAGGACUACAGGGAUCACUUCAAAGACCCCUAUAACCGGGUUCACAAGCCACCGAGGUUCAGGUCGUGUGCGGGCAGGUGCGGCAUAAAGUUGGAUCCCGACGUCGAGCUCCUUACUAUGCCGACCUUGUGGGGCAUCGACCGCCAGCCCAUCGUGUAUCCCAUAGACUACCACUCCGAUAUGGCGCUCGGCAGACGGGACUGCGAUCACAUCAAGGCCUUCUGUUCUCCAGCCCAGAGCCUGAGCUUCAAGCGAUAGGUUUCCAUCGUUGCUACCUCUUUACCAGUUUAAAUACAAUUUCCAGCAUUGCAAAAUGAAAAAAA